CCCCCACCCUGUCGCUUCUUUACGGUGGCGCCCGCGCGGCUUGUGUGUCACUCUCCGGGCCGCAGUUCUGAGUGCGGGGCGCGGCCUGCACGCGCCAACCGCUCGGCCUCGGGGGUCUCCGCUCUGCCGGCCUGCCCGCCGGCCCCUCGCCCCGAGUUCCAGUUCGCAGGCCUCCGGCGCGCGCUCGCCGCCAGGGGCGGGUCCUGGGCCCCGGGAAGGCCGCCCGCGAGCGCGAGGCUAACGGCCGCUGCAGGCCCCCUCGGCCCUCGCCGCCAUGGCUGACAGCGACGACGAGUACGACCGGAGGCGGCGCGACAAGUUCCGGAGGGAGCGCAGCGACUACGACCGCUCCCGGGAGCGCGACGAGCGGCGCCGCGGGGACGACUGGAGCGACCGGGAAUGGGACCGGGGCCGCGAGCGUCGCAGCCGGGGCGAAUACCGCGAUUAUGACCGCAACCGGCGGGAGCGCUUCUCGCCGCCUCGCCAUGAGCUCAGCCCCCCACAGAAGCGUAUGCGCAGAGACUGGGACGAGCACAGCUCUGACCCCUACCACAGCGGCUACGACAUGCCCUACGCUGGGGGUGGUGGGGGUCCCACUUACGGGCCCCCCCAGCCCUGGGGCCACCCCGAUGUUCACAUCAUGCAGCACCACGUCCUUCCCAUCCAGGCCAGGCUGGGUAGCAUUGCGGAGAUCGACUUGGGGGUGCCCCCGCCCGUGAUGAAGACCUUCAAGGAAUUCCUGCUCUCACUGGACGACUCUGUUGAUGAGACGGAGGCCGUGAAGCGCUACAAUGACUACAAGCUGGACUUCCGGCGACAGCAGAUGCAGGACUUCUUCCUGGCCCACAAGGACGAGGAGUGGUUUCGGUCUAAGUACCACCCAGAUGAGGUGGGGAAGCGGAGGCAGGAAGCCCGGGGGGCCCUGCAGAACCGGCUGCGGGUCUUCCUGUCCCUCAUGGAGACCGGCUGGUUUGAUAACCUGCUUCUGGACAUUGACAAGGCCGACGCCAUUGUCAAGAUGCUGGAUGCAGCCGUGAUCAAGAUGGAAGGAGGGACGGAGAACGAUCUGCGUAUCCUGGAGCAGGAGGAGGAGGAGCAGGAGGCCAAGCCCGGGGAGCCCGGCAAGAAGGAGGAGGGCCGGGCCGGACUGGGCCUGGGGGAUGGGGAGCGCAAGGCCUCGGAGAAGGAGGACAAGAAGGAGGAGGGCAAGCAGGCUGAGAACAGAGCCGCUGACGACAAGACCAAGAAGGCUGAGGGUAAUGGUGACGCAGAGGAGAAGAAGGACGACUCGGAGAAGGAAGCCAAGAAGAGCAAGAAGCGGAACAGGAAGCACAGUGGUGAUGACAGCUUUGACGAGGGCAGCGUGUCGGAGUCGGAGUCUGAGUCCGAGAGCGGCCAGGCCGAGGAGGAGAAGGAGGAGACAGAAGAAGUGCCGAAGGAGAAGCCCCAGGAGGAGGAGCGGGAGAAGCCCAAGGACACGCCUGGGCUGGAGAAGCCCCGGCCACUGCACAAGACCUGCUCCCUCUUCAUGCGGAACAUUGCACCCAACAUCUCCAGGGCCGAAAUUGUAGCUCUCUGUAAGCGGUACCCUGGCUUCAUGCGUGUGGCGCUGUCGGAGCCCCAGCCUGAGAGGAGGUUUUUCCGUCGAGGCUGGGUGACCUUUGACCGAAGCGUCAACAUCAAGGAGAUCUGCUGGAACCUGCAGAACAUCCGUCUCCGUGAGUGUGAGCUGAGCCCCGGUGUGAACAGAGACCUGACGCGUCGUGUGCGCAACAUCAACGGCAUCACGCAGCACAAGCAGAUCGUGCGCAAUGACAUUAAGCUGGCGGCCAAGCUGAUCCACACGCUAGACGACAGGACCCAGCUCUGGGCAUCGGAGCCAGGGACGCCGCCUCAGCCCUCGAGCCUGCCCUCACAGAACCCCAUCUUGAAGAACAUCACGGACUACCUGAUUGAGGAGGUGAGCGCCGAGGAGGAGGAGCUGCUGGGGAGCAGUGGGGGCGCCCCCCCUGAGGAGCCUCCCAAGGAGGGGAACCCAGCCGAGAUCAACGUGGAGCGGGAUGAGAAGCUGAUCAAGGUGCUGGACAAGCUGCUGCUGUAUCUGCGCGUGGUGCACUCCCUGGACUAUUACAACACCUGUGAGUACCCCAACGAGGACGAGAUGCCCAACCGCUGCGGCAUCAUCCACGUGCGGGGGCCCAUGCCGCCCAACCGCAUCAGCCACGGGGAAGUGCUGGAGUGGCAGAAGACCUUUGAGGAGAAGCUCACUCCCCUGCUGAGCGUGCGAGAGUCCCUGUCCGAGGAGGAGGCCCAGAAGAUGGGGCGCAAAGACCCCGAGCAGGAAGUGGAAAAGUUUGUCACCUCAAACACCCAGGAGCUGGGCAAGGAGAAGUGGCUGUGCCCGCUCAGUGGCAAGAAAUUCAAGGGCCCCGAGUUUGUGCGCAAACAUAUCUUCAACAAGCAUGCAGAGAAGAUUGAGGAAGUGAAGAAGGAGGUGGCAUUUUUCAACAACUUCCUUACGGAUGCCAAGCGCCCGGCUCUGCCUGAGAUCAAGCCGGCUCAGCCCCCCGGCCCUGCCCAGAUACUCCCCCCAGGCCUGACCCCGGGACUCCCCUAUCCGCACCAGACUCCGCAGGGCUUGAUGCCUUAUGGCCAGCCCCGGCCCCCCAUUCUGGGCUAUGGAGGUGCCGUGCGUCCUGCAGUGCCCACGGGAGGACCCCCGUAUCCCCACGCUCCCUACGGUGCUGGCCGUGGCAAUUACGAUGCCUUCCGCGGCCAGGGCGGCUACCCCGGGAAGCCCCGCAACAGGAUGGUUCGCGGGGACCCCCGGGCCAUCGUGGAGUAUCGAGACCUGGACGCUCCGGACGACGUGGACUUCUUCUGAGUCCUGAGAGCCACCCCAUCUCCCGUCCUUCCUGUGACUGCCUAGUCCCGCCCGUUCAGCUCAGAACUUUUUGUACCUUCUGCCCUACUGCCAAUAAAAGCACAGUGAUUGUCCUCA